UCCGCUCGCCAGAAACAUCGCGGAACCGAACCAAUCGGGUCCAAGUGUCGGUAAACAAGGAUGCAACGAGUCAGCUCGUUAAAUAAGUCCAUCAACACCCCUUGAAGAACACCAGAAAGACUUCUACAACAUCAAGAAUGUCUCUCAUUACAUAUAAAGUUUUUCGUUAUGUGCAGAGGCCUCUGCUCCUCGAGCAACGGCGACACAAGAGUAAAGUUAACAUCCAAAAGCCCAGAAAACCAUUUUAUCUUCGAGGUGUCUUCAAUCAGUUCGUUACACCAUUCUGGCCGGCAAAACGUGAUCCAAAGCCACUUUGGGAAUUGUGUGAUAAUGUGGUACAAUCAAAGCAGUUACUUGAAGAAACCAACCCCUAUCAGGUAGUCCUCGCGAGAGAGUGCUUGAACUGGUAUAAUAACUCACGAAUGAUUGCAUUUCUCCACGAAAAUCCCAUAAGGGGUGAGGACAAGAUGGAUUUGCAGAUCCUCUUGAAGCGGGAUAAUAUGUUUCUGAAGUAUUGGGGAAGGAAGGUUUCCGAGAUAGCUCUCACGGGGACUCAAUACGAGGCUGUUAUGCCACUGUUUUGUUCUCCUAGUGCUAUCGUUUUCAGUCCUGAAGUGAACGUCGCAAAAUUAAGGAAAUGUCUCAAGACUACUCCGCAGUAUGUACUCAUGGCUGGAAUUCUAGAUGGUAGGCUGCUCAAUGCCAACGACUUCCUAAAAUACGGCCAAAUGGAUAUAACGUCAACCAGAGCUGGAUUAGUACAAACGUUGCAGUCAGCAGCUGGUGUUAAUCUCUGCCGGCAACUGACACAUCAUCAAGAGACACUUGUCACACGUCUGGGACAGAUUGGUAAAGGGGAGACAAAGGGCUCAUCACCAGAGGAGACUUGAAUUUAAUUUAUCCUACCCUAGGAAUAAGAAGACUUUAAUAAAUCAAUAUGACAGAUUUA